AUGGACGCCGAUCGCGACCCUGCCGUGGAGAGCCAGCACCCGUUGGCUGAGGAUGAUCGCAGCCCCCAGGGCCUCGAGAUCACAUCUACCGCGAUACCCGCUCCCCAUGCCUCAACUCCUUCUCUCCGUCCAACCCGCGACCCCGCCGCCGGUAUCACCGCUUCGUCCACCCACCUUGGUCAGAUCAACGCCGCACGGCGGGCGGCGGGUACCCCACCGCGCCUGCAGGCUUCGAUGAGUGCACAGAGCAGUGGCGGCCUGAAUCAAGAUAUCAUGGCCAAAAUGAAAGCGUUCUCUCUUUCUCGACAAGGUGCCCCAUUAGCACACACCGCCUCCACGGGCACAAUACCCACGUCGCACGAGGUCGGGGCGGGCGGUGCUUUGGCUGGUCGCAUACCGACUGUGCCGCGGCCCAAUAACAAAAAUUGGGCAUCGUCCCCUGCAAUUCCGGCUUCCAUUUCGAGCCCUGCUUCGCCGAGACCAGGAGGUUUGGCUGCGAAGCGCAUGAAGCCGGGCCUCAAGUUGUCAGAUGUCACCGGUGGACCUCCUCCGGCGGCGAAUGGGACUGAACAAAAACCGCCCGAGCAGAACGGGGAAUCUGCGUUCAGCAAAUACUCCGAGUUCAUUGAUACGAAAGCUGGAACCUUGAAUUUCAAGAACAAGGCCAUCUUGCACGGUGGUGGUGUCGAGUUCUCAUCCGGUCACAGUUUUAAGAUUUCUCUCGAUGAAGUCGAUCGGCUCGAUGAACUAGGUAAAGGAAAUUACGGUACGGUGUACAAAGUCCGCCACAGUCGUCCACAUCUUCGGAAACCUGGGCUAGGUCUCAGUGGAAUUAUCAGCCACGCACCGGGCCACGAUGAGUCGAUACCUGAAGCUGGCCAUCAAGACAACCUCUCGGGGGUGAUCAUGGCGAUGAAAGAGAUCCGCUUGGAGCUUGAUGAGGCAAAAUUCGCGCAGAUUAUUAUGGAAUUGGAUAUUCUCCACCGCUGUGUCUCACCCUUCAUCAUCGAUUUCUAUGGAGCCUUCUUCCAGGAAGGCGCCGUCUAUAUGUGCGUUGAAUACAUGGACGGCGGCUCAAUUGACAAGCUGUAUCAAGGUGGCGUGCCCGAAGAUAUCCUUCGCAAGGUGACGUUAUCUACCGUGAUGGGAUUGAAGGCUUUGAAAGACGAGCACAACAUCAUUCACCGUGAUGUCAAACCUACAAACAUACUGGUUAAUAGCAAGGGUCAGAUCAAAAUCUGCGACUUUGGAGUCAGUGGAAACUUGGUUGCUAGUAUUGCCAAGACAAACAUCGGGUGUCAGAGUUACAUGGCGCCUGAGCGAAUUGCGGGUGGUGGUAUGCAACAGUCGGGAGCCUCCAGUGGCGGAACAUACAGUGUACAAAGUGACAUCUGGAGCUUGGGCUUGUCAAUCAUCGAAUGUGCUAUGGGACGGUACCCGUACCCACCGGAGACCUUCACGAACAUUUUCUCUCAGCUACAUGCGAUCGUUCACGGUGACCCCCCUGCUCUCCCAGCCGAAGGGUUUUCAGAAGAAGCACACGCCUUUGUUUCUGCCUGUCUUGAUAAAAACCCGAAGAAUCGACCUACAUACAAUAUGCUACUACGUCAUGCUUGGCUUGCACCUCUCAUGCAGCCACCGACGGAAGCAGAAUCUGCUACUGACUCCUGUGAAAGCUCUACGUCUGGAUCCAAUUCACCUUCAGCAAUGACUGAGGAUAAAGAGGUUUCUGAAUGGGUUCAUAAACAACUUCAGCGCCGUAAAGAUGGCCUUCUCCGUGAUGUUGAGAAGCCAGCUCUUCACGCCGUGGCUCUGGACAAGGUUGCCACGAGCCCAAUCCACGAUGAAUCGUUCUCGCCAUCACAGAUGGACUGA